AUGCACGAUUGGGCUGCACCACUGAUCGCUUCGGCUCUAUUCGCGUUUCUAUCGCCGGGACUAAUUCUGCAGUUUCCGGGGAAAGAAUCUCCGGUAGGUUUCAUGAACAUGAAGACGACGAUAGCUUCCAUUUUUGUCCACACUGUUCUCUACGGUCUCUUUCUCAUCCUCUUCCUCGUUGUUCUCAACGUCCAUGUCUAUGCAUAG